AUGGACUUCCUCCGCCAAGCCCUCCGCGGCAAACUCUCCUUCCACCGCGGCCAUGCCCACAACGAACAAAACCACGACGACAACGAAGACCAACAAAACCAACCUUAUUCCCGUCCCCACGCCCUCGACACUCUCCCCAGCCUCCCGUUCCCCCGUCGCCCUUUAACCCCCUUCCCCCCAAACCACAACCCCUCUCCCGUCAUACCUCUAGACACACCCGACCAUAUUAAUAAACCCAAACCCAACACCUUCCCCUUCCUCCUCCUCCCCCCCGAACUCCGCAACACAAUCUACCGCCUCGUCCUCACCCACCCCCGCGCGCACCCUUCCGACCACGGCCGCGAAAUCCACAUCGACAUGGCUUACUCCGCCGCCGAAACCUCCACGCCUCAUUCCACGGCGGGUGCCCGGCUGCAUGGUAACCGCAGAUGGAUCUGGCGUGCUUCGUCGUGUCAUCGACAUCCGGAUUAUCCGGAGCUGGUGGAUCGGUGCGCUAUUGGGGGUGGGGGGCCCAGGGCGUGUGCUGGGAAUGGGUUGGGCGGUACGUGUGGAGUGGGAAAGGAGGUGUUGGGGUUGAUGAUGAGUUGUCGCACGGUGUAUCGGGAGGUGGUGGAUAUCGUGUACGCGGAGAAUACGUUUCAUAUUGGGACGGGCGCGUUGGUGCUGUACACGGAGAAGUUGCUUGUUCGGGAACGGGCCGCGGCGGUGAGGAGUUUGGUUGUUCGGCUGACGCUGAAGACGGUGUGGGACUAUGCAGAUGAGCAUUUGGGGAUUGAUCUGGGGUUGUUGGCUUAUGAGAAGUUGAUAGGUAGGAUACCGGAUGGGUUUCCAGGGCUGAGGAGACUAGUGGUGUGCGUCGAGGGGAAGUUGGAAAGGGGGUCAGUGGUGUUGCGAGGGUCGUAUGUCACGAGGGCAGAGCUGGAUCCGGAGACUACCCGGGACUACUUACUAGGGUCCAUGGACGGGGUGGUGAAGCGAUACGGGGUUCAGUUGGGAGAAUGUGUGCUGAUGAUGGGAGAGGACGGGUUUGACCGGGUUAUGGGCGGCGAGAGGGAAAAAGCGGAAAAGGUUGAGUCGGAGGGAGAUACGAUUCAAUUCUGGAGUCCGGUCAGCGUGACUGAUGGGAAAGACAGCGUUCAACAAGGGUACUGGGUAAGGCGGGUGUCGACCAACACCCAGUGGGAAGCAACACCCGAGUUGGACAUGCAUUUACUAGAGCAGUCAUAA